AUGGAGAAUAACGCUGCCAACAGUGGAUUAGGAGCAGUGGUUUGCGCUGGAGAAAAUUCAACGGAAAGCAAUUUGUGGAGACCGUGGAAUAAAACCGAGGGCAAAAGUGCUCAACUGACGACUCGCUCUGAGCAUGGAGAGAUUUCUAGCGCAUGGCCCAAGAUACCACAAUUCAUCCAUCCCGUCAAGUUAUUCUGGCCGAAGUCGAGAUGUUUUGACUAUCUGUACCGGGAUGCAGAAACGCUCCUGCGAAACUAUCCAGUCCAAGCGACCAUCUGCCCCUACGAAGACUCCAGCAGCGAUGAAGAAGGCGAGGAUGAGGAUGGGGAUGGGGAGGAGGUGGAGGGAAAGGAGCAGAAUUAA